CAAUGCGCAUUCUUCAUUGUUCGUUCAAUUGAGCAACGUGCUCUGGCUAAUUUUGCACUCGGCAUAACAUAAGCCCAGCGAAUAUGAAUCAGUCGGCGGGGGUCCACAAAAAGAAGCCAAGGAUUCGCAAUCGACAGCGGAACAAGAUCAACCAGGUGCAGCAGGAUCAGGGGGAAUCUCCCAAUGCUCCAGAUGCUCCACUCCAAAGUAAUGGCUCCCAAGCAGCAACUGUUAUACAAAGUGAAUUUCCAGUUGAAAACCACUUACCAAAUGGAAACCCACUGCUUGAAUUAUUAUCGCGAAAUGGUCAAGUGGAAAAUCCGCAAGAGAUCGAUACAAUCCGGCUAAUACAGCAACUGUUACGUAGGAAAUUAUUGGCCAAAAAUAGUGCCGUGCCAUCCAGUGAAAAUAUACCUUCCACCGAUCAACCCAAAAUAGUUACCCAACCAAAGGAAAUCAAAAGUGAAGAGAAGAAACCAAAGAUUUCAAUUGCUUCAGUAACUCCAAAAACCAAAACGGAAUCCAAGACAUCCGCACUUUCAAAGGAAGAAGAAAUAAAUGACCUGCUCAAAUGCCUGGGCAGUAAAUUGCCAAAGGGAGCUGGUGAAUCCCCAGCAGCGGCGUUGUUCAGCAAUCUUGGAAAGCUCUUCAACCAAGCGCCGCCCAGCGACGUGGAGUCAUCCGAUGAGGAGGUGGAGGAGUAUGUGGAGUACAUCUAUAAGCCAAGGCAAUACUUCAUGGCCUCGUUGUGCAAUUUCUGCAAGUCGGAUCUGUGUGCUCAAAAUCGGAUACCCUGCUCCCGCUGCGGACUAAGCUACUACUGCAGCAGUGGGCACAUGAAAGACGACCAGGAGCACCGCCAGUUGUGCUACGCCCUGCGCCAGACGGUGGACCGCAAUGGUCACGAGAUGUUCUACAAGUGCGGCGACUUCAGUGACGAGCAGUUCCGUUCCUACCGCAUCGUGUGCAUUCGCCAGGUGGAGAAGGAGAUGAAUCGUCAGCUCACCGCAACGGAACGGGAGUUGCUCCUAUUCCCUCUGAUCUGUGCCGAGUCCAAGUGCCGGGAGCACCGCUUCAAACGUCUAUCCAUGUGCGGAGGAUGUGGCGAGGUGGCCUUCUGCAAGGAUAAGCCGGAGCACCGCGGCAAGGAGCACGCCAAGUGUUGUGGAGCCUACCAAAUUUUUAAGGCCUUCAUCAUUAAUGUAGCUUCCAGUCAAAAACUGCUUCCGAUAAGAUUUUUAAGUAGGAUACCUAUUGAACGUGCUGCCAAAACUAAACAGAUGAUGAAGAAGCUGAACUUCAAUGUUACCAAUGAGUGCGAGUACGCAGCGCUUACCCAGGUGUCCACUGGGCCAUUAACUGCCUGGUUUGCCUUAAAACUUUGCGAGCGACUAAGAAACUGCGAGGAGAUGACCCUUCACUUGAUUGGAGCGGAGAUCGAAUUCGAGGCGGAUAUGCUACAGAAAUGGGAGCUCUUCCUGCUCCACAUAACACCAACGGUUAAAACGCUGAAUGUGGUUUUUGUUGGACCUGAACUGAGUCCUAACAACAUAUCGUUUGAACAGCUAAAGAAAAUCAAAUGCUGUCGUUCCUGCCGAAAAGCUCAGAGAACUGUUAACUAUUAUUUUGAGAACAGCUUAUACCACGACUACUGCGGAGAAGCGAGCUUUCUUAAGCCAAAUUUGAUUUGCUUCUUCAACUGCGGUCUUUACCGAUCCACUGGAUUCGCACUGGAGGAUACUUGGCCAGAAACCAUCCAAGCUGCACUUAAUCUGAAUUGCCCCAUAGUAGUUACUUCAUAUACGAAGUACGAGGCGCCUUUGGAUAUGGUACAAUUUAUUAACCAAUCGAAUCGCCACAUAAAUGUCGUCAUGCCACCAACUGUAAAUCCAUUUACCUCGGAAAAGCCAGAACGUAAUUUUAUAUCAGAUAAUGAGGCUCCUUUUAUGUUUAAGAACUUCUAUUGUUUCGUUGUUGACUAAUCGUAGAUCCACACUCUUUAGUUUAUGUUUUUUAAUAAACACAGCAAUUUCGACCAAUUCUAAA